AUGUACCCACUAUCUAUCUAUCUAUCUAUCUAUCUAUCUAUCUAUCACGGUCUGUUCAUUAUUUGUCUAUCUAUCUCAUUCUGUUCAUUAUCUAUCUAUCUAUCUAUCUAUCUAUCUAUCUAUCUAUCUAUCUUGGUAACUAUAUUUAAAUUUCUUCGUGUCGUAUUUUGCAUUCUCUCUUCCUCUCUUUGUCUCUCUCUCUCUCCCCUCUCUCUCUCUCUCUAUCUAUCUAUCUAUCUAUCUAUCUAUCUAUCUACAAUCUUGGUCUUUUCUGUACGUGUAAUCUCCUCUCUCAUCUUCUCCCCACACCCCCACCAUUUUUCUCGGUUUACUUUCCGCCUUUUCUCUCUGUGCGUGUAUGCUCUCUCUCUCUCUCUUUCUUCCUCUAUCUAUCACUUUCGCUUUCUCUCUUUCCCUACUCUUUCUGUUGAGAGUAGACCAUAUCCCACUCUCUCUGCUUCUCCCCACACGCUCUCCUUUUCUCUCAGUUCACUCUCCGCCUUUUCUCUCUGUGCGUGUAUGCUCUCUCUCUCUCUUCCUCUCUCUAUUACUUUCGCUUUCUCUCUUUUCCUACUCUUUUUGUUCAGAGUCAUAUCCUAUUAUUUCUAUCUCUCUAGCCUCUCUUUGCUUCUCCCCCCACACCUUUUUCUUUGUCUAACCUCUGUUUUUUCUUUCUGUUCGUGUAUGCUCUCUCUCUCUCUCUCUCUCUCUCUCUCUCUCUCUCCCCUCCUUCACGACAUUUUUACUCUUUCCUUACUCUUUUUUGAUCUGUGUAGGUCAUAUCUAUCUAUCUCCAUGGCCUCUCCCUACUUCUCCCACAAAUUCCCUCUCUCUCCACACACUGCGUUUUCUUUGUUCCUGUAUGCUUCCUCUCUCUCUCUUUUUUCCUCUCUCUCUCUCUCUUUUUCUCUCUUUCUCUCUCUCUCUCUCUCUCUCUCUCUCUAUUUGUCUGUGUGUUCUUUUUUUGUCUCUGACAGCAAUGUUCUACUAGUCUUUUUAUUGUUCCAUGGAGUAGAAAAUCAUCUUCCUUCUUCCUUCUUUUCAAGAAUUCUUUAUUCAAACUCGCCAAAGAAAACACUCAUCAUCUAUUUUCCGAUUACUAGCUUCUGUAGAACACAUUUCUUCUUCAACUUUUCUUUUUUCUUCUUCAGACUUUUCUUCGACUUUUCUUCAUUUUUUCGAUUUUUCUUUCUCUUCGACUUUUUUCUCAUUCGAUUUUUUCUCUUCUUCUUCGACUUUACUUCCUCUUCUCUUUCCUCUUCGAUAUUUCUUCUUCUUCAUCUUCUUUUUUUGACUUUUCUUCUUCGACUUUUCUCUUCUUCAACGACUUUUUUUCUUCUUCGCUUUUUUCGACUUUUCUUUUUCUUCUUCUUCUUCUUCUUCUGUUUCUUCUUCUUCUUCUUCUUCUUCCACUUUCCUCUUCGACUUUUCUUCUUUUCCUAUUCGAAUUUUUUCUUCUUCGACUUUUUAUUCUUCUUAUUCAGCUUUUCUUCAUCUUCUUCGACUUUUCUUUUUCUUUUUCUUCUUCGACUUUUCUUCUUCUUCGACUUUUCCUUUUCUUCAUCUUUGACUUUUUCUCUUCUUCUUCUACUUUCCUUCUUCUUCUCUGAUUUUCCUUCUACUUCGACUUUUCUUCUUCUUCUUCUUCUUCUUCUACUUCGACUUUUCUUCUUCUUCUUCUUUUUCUUCUUCUUCUUCUUCGACUUUUCUUCUUCUUCUUCUUCUUCUUCUUCUUCGACUUUUCUUCUUCUUCUUCUUCUUUUUCUUCUUCUUCUUCUUCGACUUUUCUUCUUCUUCCUCUUCUUUUUCUUCUUCUUCUUCGACUUCAACUUUUCUUCUUCUUGUUCUCCUUCUACUCCGACUUUUAUUCUUCUUCUUCUUCUACUUCGACUUUCCUUCUUCAUCUUCUUCGACUUUUCUUUUUCUUUUUCUCCUUCGGCUUUUCUUCUUCUUCGACUUUUCCUUUUCUUCAUCUUUGACCUUUUCUCUUCUUCUUCUACUUUCCUUCUUCUUCUCUGA